AUGGAGAUACAGAAAAUAGCUGAGCUCUGCUUUCCACAACUUCUUAACAAUUCCUGCAUCAAGCCGACACUUCACUGGUCCAAAGCUGUGCUCCUGAACAUUGUGCUGUCGUGCAUCUCUCUGAACACUGCUGUUCUCAACCUUCUUGUCAUCAUCUCAGUUUCUCAUUUCAGGCAGCUUCACACACCCAGUAACAUCCUCCUCCUCUCUCUGGCUGUCUCAGACUUUUUUGUGGGUCUCCUGUUGAUGCCAUUAGAAAUCUUUAGAAACACAACCUGCUGGGUACUUGGUGAUCUUAUGUGUUCUGUUUAUAUCCAUUUAACUGUCAUUCUUAUCUGUGCUUCAGUAGGUAAUAUAGUACUUAUAUCAGUUGACCGCUAUGUAGCUAUUUGUGACCCUUUGCAUUAUCCCACAAAAAUUACAGUGGGAAGAGUUAAGCUGAGUGUUUGUCUGUCUUGGCUUUUUUCUAUUUUCUACAGCAGUCUUUAUGCAAAGGAUGUCCUGAUUGAACCAGGAAAGUAUAAUUCUUGCUACGGAGAGUGUGUAUUCCUUAUUAAUAAUACUGUAGGUAUGAUUGACGUUGUUUUAACUUUUAUUGUUCCAGUUUCUGUCAUCAUAAUUUUGUAUAUGAGAGUAUUUGUGGUGGCUGUGUCUCAGGCUCGUGCCAUGCGCUCUCAUGUUACAGCUGUCACACUGCAGUGUUCAGUGAAUCAAACAAACAAAUCUGAGUUGAAAGCAGCCAGGAGUCUUGGGGUUCUUGUAGUUGUGUUUCUGGCAAGCUACUGUCCAUUUUUCUGCUACACUCUUGUUGAAGAAAAUGCGGUCAAAGAUCCAUCUGCAUCUUUUGUGGUCUUUGUAUUUUACUGUAACUCUUGUCUUAACCCUUUGAUCUAUGCCCUGUUUUACCCCUGGUUUAGAAAUGCUGUUAAAGUCAUCAUCACUUUUCAGAUAUUAAAGCAUGACAGUAGUGAGGCCAAUAUACUGUAA